AUGUUCUUAGAGNCCCAGCCGGAAGUGUCAGGAGGCAACCUGGGUGCGACUUACAAGUUUGACCAAUACCACCUCCACUGGGGAGCGGACGACGCCAGGGGCUCGGAGCACACCAUUAACAAUUUCAGGUUCCCCAUGGAGCUUCACUUGGUGCACCACAAUACAAAGUACGCCAGCUUUAAUGCUUCCCUGGAACACCGCGACGGCGUGGCGGUGCUGGGUGUGCUGUUCGUCAUCUCUGAAUUGGACAACCCGUUGCUGCAACCUCUGAUCGAUCACCUCAUGUCCAUCACUGAAGCUGGGCAAGAGGACAUUGCAGUCGAUCUUUACCCGCUGGCGUCGUUAUUGCCUCAAGAUCGGUCCCGCUUCUACCGCUACCACGGAUCCCUCACAACUCCCAUGUGCAAUGAAGUCGUCACGUGGACCAUCUUCGACGACUAUCUUCCCGUGUCCGAUGCUCAGAUGGCGAGACUAAGAAGCCUGUCCAACAUCGAGGGCAACCCUCUCGUCAACAACUUCAGGCCCAACCAGCCUCUCAACGGCAGGGCGGUGUACCGCUCCUUCUUGUAUUGAGUCGCUCAGCUGCGCUGCUCGUCAUAUUGCAUGUACAACGAUUUUCUCCACUCAAUUGCACUCCACGAAUUAUAUAAUCUCGAUUAUUAUUGAAAUAAUUGAAUGCAAAUUUUUCAUCCAACAUGAGUAGAUU